GCGUCUGCCCUUAGCCAAAAUGGCGCCAGUUCGGAAGUUGCCGAAGUUGACGAAGCAGGUCCGGAAGCUGACGAGCGAGUCCGGAAGUUGCCGAAAGAGAGCAGCGGGGACGGAGGAUGGCGGACAUCAUCGCAAGACUCCGGGAGGACGGGAUCCAAAAGCGUGUGAUAGAGGAGGGCCGAGGAGAGCUCCCUGACUUUCAGGAUGGAACUAAGGCCACGUUCCACUACCGGACUCUGCGCAGUGACGAGGAGGGCACUGUGCUGGAUGACAGCCGGGUGCGCGGCAAGCCCAUGGAGCUCAUCAUCGGCAAGAAGUUCAAGCUGCCCGUGUGGGAGACCAUUGUGCGCACCAUGCGGGAGGGUGAGAUCUCCCAGUUCUGCUGCGACGUCAAGCAUGUGGUCCUGUAUCCGCUGGUGGCCAAGAGUCUACGCAACAUUGCAGCUGGCAGAGACCCCCUGGAGGGCCAGCGGCACUGCUGCGGCAUCGCCCAGAUGCACGAGCACAAUUCCCUGGGCCACGCCGAUCUGGACGCCUUGCAGCAGAACCCCCAGCCUCUCAUCUUCGACAUCGAGAUGCUUAAGGUGGAGAACCCUGGCACGUACCAGCAGGACCCAUGGGCGAUGACGGAUGAGGAGAAGGCAAAGGCAGUGCCGGUCAUACACCAGGAGGGCAACCGGUUGUACCGCAAGGGCCUUGUGAAGGAGGCUGCUGCCAAGUACUACGACGCCAUCGCCUGCCUCAAGAACCUUCAGAUGAAGGAACAGCCUGGGUCCCCCGACUGGAUCCAGCUGGAUCUGCAGAUCACACCACUGCUGCUCAACUACUGUCAGUGCAAGCUGGCGGCCCAAGAGUAUUACGAAGUGCUGGACCACUGCUCCUCCAUCCUCAAUAAGUAUGAUGACAACGUCAAGGCCUACUUCAAGCGGGGCAAGGCGCACGCGGCAGUGUGGAAUGCCCAGGAGGCCCAGGCCGACUUUGCCAAGGUGCUGGAGCUGGACCCCGCCCUGGCGCCCGUCGUGAGCCGUGAGCUGCGGGCCCUCGAGGAAAGAAUCCGGCAGAAGGACGAGGAAGACAGGGCCCGCUUCCGGGGCAUCUUCUCCCACUGACAGGGCCCUGCUGGCCCAGCCACCCUGCCCAGCUCACUGCUGCUGCUAGCAGCCCCCCCCACCCCCGCUGUAUCAUGCUUCUCUGUAUAUAAAAGCCUUAUUUAUCUCUCUCU